CGGGAUUUGUUGUUGUAGAAACUUCUGCGUGGUCGCUAAAAUCAGCAAGACAAUAGAAACACGGAAUAAUUUUUGUAAAGUUUUAUGAUUACAAAUUCAUGAUAAAAAAACCCGACAGAUUUGAAUAAUAUGAUCACUUUAUCGCGUUGAAGUAGAUUAAAUUUAAUCUACCGGACUACAGGUAGUAAACCCGGAAGUAGUAAUUCGGCAGGUGUGUUUAUUUACUUCCGGACACGAGAACCUGCAGAGGCUCAGGCACACGCACCCUCACCACAGCCAGCAUGCGCCUGGUUCAGUUCCGCCGACGGGGAGCCGAGGGAAGUGCGAGGGUCGGUGUGGAGAGCGCGAACGGCGUCGUCGACCUGAAGGCGUUUGAUCAGACCGUCCCGUCCACCAUGAGAGAGUUCUUGGAGCUGGGAGAGAAGGGCAUAGAGUGUGCUCAGAGAGCCAUGUCCAGUGGCAAGUGUGUGCUCCCUCACACUGAUAUUCAGCUCCUGGCUCCGGUCACCGGCCCGGGCAAGGUGGUGUGUGUGGGUAUGAACUACAGAGACCACUGCCUGGAGCAGAAUGCACCCAUCCCCACUGAGCCCAUCAUCUUCAGCAAGUUCCCCUCCUCCAUCGCGGGCCCCUACGACGACAUCCACCUGCCAAACGAGAGCCAGGAGGUGGACUGGGAAGUGGAGCUCGCCUUUGUGAUCGGAAAAAAAGGAAAGCACGUAAAGGAGGAGGACGCUCUCGGUCACGUUGCCGGCUUCACCGUAGCCAAUGACGUCAGCGCUCGUGACUGGCAGAUGAGGAAUGGCAAGCAGUGGCUUCUGGGAAAAACAUUCGACACAUUCUGUCCACUAGGGCCUGCUCUUGUUACCACGGAAGCACUGAAGGACGUCCACAAUCUGGGGAUCCGGUGCCUGGUAAACGGUGAUGUAGUUCAGGACAGCAACACCAGUCAGCUGAUCUUUAAGACGGAGAAGGUGGUGGCGUGGGUCUCGCAGUUUGUGACUCUGUACCCAGGCGACGUGUUUCUAACAGGCACACCUCCAGGAGUGGGCGUGUUCAGAAAACCCCCCAUCUUUCUAAAGACAGGAGACGUCGUGGAGUGUCAGAUCGAGGGGAUCGGGUCCAUCCGAAACACAGUGGUGUGACUCCUGCACGGCUGGCUGACUUUUAUCUGAGCUACGUGGAUGGGGAAAAAAAUCAAAAUAAAUCACUUUCACAGUUGAAAUGCUUCAAUAUCUAGAUGUUUCUGAAAUCCUAAUCAGAGUCAUGUGCACUAGAAAUGAUUAGUCCACAGUGCAGGUGCUGUGAUCUUCCAGGAGAUGGAGCUCUGUUGAUUAUGUUUGGGGAGAAACACUACUGUAUUACCCCAUCACCCCCCUCUCCCCCUGGUGAAAUAAAAGAAUAAAAGACCCCCCCCACAGA